GUCCUAAUUUAAGUGCAAAUAACAGUUAGCCUCCUAAACAGAUUUUCUAGAGCUCAAAUAUAUCACUAUAUAUACCACUAAAAGAACCCUAUUCAGCUCAUAUCAAAUUGAAAUUCAUAUAGGAUUUCAAAGGCUAAAAAUUGUACUAAAAAAUUUUAGGAUCCAAAAUGAGGAUCCUAUCACUUUUCCAAGGGGCCAUUCUUGGCCUCUUACUAUGCCUAUUUGCUGUGAGCUUCACUCAUGUGUCUUCAGAGGCUACAGGAAUCACAGAGGAAAAGACAUUCCUUUCACCACACAAACCAUAUUUCAAGAAAUUUCAUGAUUACUUUCAUCAUUAUCCGAAACCCAUGUAUAAACCGAAACCUCACCCCGUUCCAGUUUACAUUCCUAAACCUCAUCCUGUUCCAGUUUACAUUCCUAAACCUCAUCCUGUUCCAGUUUACAUCCCUAAACCUCAUCCUGUUCCAGUUUACAUUCCUAAACCUCACCCUAUUCCCGUUCCAAUUUACAAACCUAAACCUCACCCAGUUCCAGUUCCAGUCUACAAGCCUAAACCUCACCCAAUUCCUGUUCCAGUUUACAAGCCUAAACCUCAUCCAGUUCCCAUUUACAAGCCAGAGCCAAAACCAGAACCAAAACCUGAGCCUAAGCCAGAGCCAAAGCCCGAGCCUAAGCCCGAGCCAAAACCAGAACCAAAGCCCGAGCCAAAGCCAGAGCCAAAACCAAAGUGCGAGCCUAAGCCAAAACCAAAGCCUGAGCCUAAGCCAGAACCAAAGCCUGAGCCUAAGCCAGAACCAAAACCUGAGCCUAAGCCAGAACCGAAGCCAGAACCAAAACCUGAGCCUAAGCCAGAACCAAAACCUGAGCCGAUGCCAGAACCAACACCAACACCAACAGUUCCAAUUUACAAGCCGCAUCCUCAUCCGAUUUUUAAGAAGCCGAAAUACCAUCAUCCACUAGCCCCAUACUUUCAUCAUCCAAAGAAGCCAUGCCCUCCAUUGGCACCUUAGGUAGACUAUGAUAAUGUUCCUUUUCUUUGUUGGCAUGGUAGUAUUAUUGCAAUAAAGGCUUUAAAUGGUUGAAAAGGAAGUUUAUAAUGACAAGUGAGAGGAUAAAAUAUCACAAGAUCAUUACUUGUUACUUGUUAGGUAAGGUUGAGUUUGAGAUUGAGUGUUGUAAGCAUUUGUAGUUAUAUAUUAUGCAUGUGAAAUUUAAUUUAUGGUUGUAUGUACUUGUUAUUUUAGAUUCAUUUGUCAUUAAUAUGGCAAUCUGUACUGUUAUGAUCAUUGCAAUCAUACACAUUGAGAAUUUCAAUUUAUUUAUGUUCACAA